ACCUCUCAUUUCAUCUCCCACCAACCCUAGAAGAAGAAGGAGAAAGUUAAAAUCGGAGAAGCGAUGGGGAAGCCGCUGGGACCGACGGGUGAGUUCUUCAAGAGGAGAGACGAAUGGCGGAAGCAUCCGAUGCUGGGUAACCAGCUGAGGCACGCCACUCCUGGCCUCGGCAUCGCUAUCGUCGCCUUUGGAAUCUACCUCGUCGGGGAGGCCGCCUACAACAAGUUCUAUUCUCCUCAACCCCACCACUCCUCCAAUUCCCAUUCUCACUGAAAGUUCUUGAUCCAAGGUGCUUGAUGCGGAAAGAAAUGAUAUCUGGGACAGUCUUGGGGGCCGUUUAAUUUCUUUUCCUUUUUUUUUCCCCUUCAAUUCUGGAAAGAUUUGGUAAUCCUCUGAUGGUGCAAUCAUGAAUUAAGCAGAAUCAUGGAUUGUAGUUCUUUACUCACUUGUCAAUAAGUCGUGUGUGGAUCAAAACUGUAUCUACUGGAGUUUAUUGUUGGCUUGUUCUCAGUUGGCGCACUUACUGUCA